CUACAGCAGUGUUUGAUUGACUUGAUGAUGUCAUUCAUUGUUCUCCGUCCCAGCAGCUGUCACAACAGAGGCCUGCCCUGGAGCGUUGUCUUUUCAUUCAGCCUUUAUCACAUCUUCACCUCACGUGUGUGUGUGAAUGUGUCUGUGUCUGUGUGUGUGCUUGGUUCUGUGUGUGUGUGUGUGUGUGUGUGUGUGUGUGUGUGUGUGUGUGUGUGGGUGUGCUUGGUUGUGUGUGUGUGUGUGUGUGUGUGUGUGGGUGUGGGUGUUUUUGUGUAUGUGUGUUGCUGUGUGUGUGUGUGUGUGUGUGUGUGUGUGCGCGUGUGUGUGCGUGUGUAUGUGUGCGUAUGCAUGCACAUGUGAGUGUGUGUGCGUAUGUGAGGGUGUGUGCGUAUGUGAGUGUGAGCUUGCAUGUGUGCAUGUGUGUAUGUGUGUGUGUGAGUAUGUGAGCGUGCACGCCCGCGUGAAUGUGUGUACGCGUGUGUGCGUGCCUGUCAGACGUUCACAUCCACCACUGCCGCCGCACACGGUCUCUUUGUUCCUCAUGCAGAAUGACGAGGUUCAUAAAACUAAUUAAUGCCCAGCUGGAGCAGGAGCCAUCUCCUAUGGGCCAACACAUAGUAAACAAACCAGUCCUUUGCCGCGGCCUGUGAGUUGUUUACACAGCAUAGAGGACGGGCCCCGGGGCCCGUCCACCGCAUUGAGCAUCCUAUUGUCUCCCAUUGUGGCCGUGAGGCUGCAGGCACUUGGUGGGGUGUGUGCUCACGUCGCGCAGGCUUUUAAAAGGCGCCCCGGUCGGCAGCCUGUCAGGAUAGGGACGGCCAGGGCGACUCAUUUGUCAUCCGUUUGACGUUUGCCCGCACGUUGAUCGAGUCCUCUCAGAGGCCUGUGCCUUACUCUGACACUCAGGGCCGGAAGGAUGGAGGCUGGGGGCGCGUCCACGCUGUUCCUACUGAUGCUUCUCAGCACAGUGUGUGCGAGGGCGUCUGCCGCAUGUACGACUCGUCGCUGUCUCGCCCAGGCUCUGAUCGACAGGAAGCUCCUGUCCCAGCCCCAGACCGACCAAUGCAAACAAACUCUGAAAGUUCCCUUCAUCGAAUACCAAACGCUGUCCGUUGACACAAUGAAUCUUCGCUUCACCAGUAGGAUGCAAGCCCGGAUGGAAUGGACCGACCCCGAGUUGGCCUGGAACCGCUCAGAGUACGACUAUGAGUCGGUGGUCCUGCCAGUGGACAAAGUGUGGACUCCAGAACUCACGGUGACUAACUCGAUGAGUCUGGUGCUUCUGCACGGCUCCAAAGACCUGCUGGCCUCCAGCAACGGUACGAUGAAGCACACGAUGUCCUUCAUCGUGGUGGUGACCUGCGAGGUGAACCUCUUCAGGUACCCCUUCUCCUCGGACACGUGCCCGGUGGCCAUCGAGGCCUGGUCCAAAGACGGGUGCGGGAUGGACCUCCAACUAAAGGACGUUCAUCUCUUGGACGGGGAGCAGGGCGACUGGAGCACGGACUGGGUGCGGGUCCGGAAGAGAGGGGCCGGUCAGCACUUCCUCUUGGUGUCGCUGAGCACCAAGUCCAUGAACCCCUUCAUCUCCCUGAUCCUGCCCAGUAUCCUCAUCCUCUUCGUGGACGUGGUGAGCUUCGCGCUGCCACUAGGGGGCGGCGAGAGGAACUCCUUCAAGGUCACCCUGGCGCUGAGCUUCAUCAUGUUCCUCCUCAUCCUCAACAGCCUGCUGCCCGGAGACAGCCAGUGCAGCCCCAUCCUCCGCAUCCACUUCUGCGUGUGUCUGGUCUUCCUGGUGCUCAGCAUGACGGCGUCCAUGAUGCUGACCCGGGUGGCCAAGGACGGCCUCAUGAUCCCCCUCCUCUGCUGCAAGAAAACACCGUCCGCCCCGUCCGAGCCCGGGGAGGACCCAGACGAGGAGGCGUCGGCCGGGGGGGAGGGGGAGAAGAAAGAUCCCGGGAAUGAGCUGCCGGAGUUCUCAGGGGACCGGCAGCAGCUCCAGAAGGUGGUGGACUUCCUGGAGGGUGUGGAGGAGGAGAAGCAGCAGAACGAGAGGUUCUACCGUAUCGCCUGCCGGCUGGACAAGAUAUGCUUCUACCUCUACGUGCUGAUGUGCGUUGUGUACUUCUGCUUGCUCACCUACAUGUUCACCAGCUACCCCUGUGAGAUCGAGCACUUUGCCUUCUGGUACUGACCAGGGAAUUCAUUCUGCUCAUUCUGUGCCACAUUUGUUAACUAUUUAAGUAAGUAAGCAAGUAGAUACUUUACUCAUCCCCUUGGGGAAAUUCAGGUAUCCAGUAGCUCACGAAGUCAACAGACAAUUGACAAACAACCAAAUUGACAAACAGUAAACGCCAAUCAAAUAAGUCAAUAAAAGUUUUUUAAAAAGUGAGCAAUAAUGUACAUUAUUAAAAUGGCUAUGAAUGGAGAGAAUGAUAAAGUGAUGUGGUUGGAAUUCAUUCAAAAAUAAUCACACAAAACUCGGUAGUCCUAUAGAGUCACGUAUGCAUGAAAUUGAACUUCGGCUUUUGGACUUUGACCGCUAUAUCUGCAAUGCUCUUCCUAUAUUCACUUUUUUAGCCACUCUGGUGUGUCAGUGUCCUUCUCAUUGUAAACUAUUCAACAAUCAAUAGUUUAAAAUGACAGCCAACGCGUGGAGAUAAUCCAUGCUCCCUCCACGACUGUCGGUCCCAUUGGGAGAUAUUUCGAUAUCUACAUGUAUUGCUUCAUGUCAUAACAUCUUCCAUUCCUUAUGUAUUGUGAGUGUUUGCGUUGGUACGGGUUCUCCGGCUCAAGCGUGGCCUCGUUUUGACCACUUAACGGUGUGGACACAAAGCAUCGCGUGCUCAGAUGCGGUUCAGAGUUCACUCUCAACCGUCCAUGUCGCGCCCCCUGCUGGUCACCGGCCUCCCGUCCUGCCGCUCGAUAUGACAGGACGACGUCCGUGCAGACCGAUGUGCAGAACGGACUGUGAUGGCUUUAUAAAUAGACACCAAACAACACAACUCGACCUGCCAGACACCGUGGGCC